UUCUCGGUUCUUACACCAGAAAUGUCACAGUUUCUUGGCUCCAUCUCAUCCUAAAUUUUCGUUUUCUUGAAUUGAAGUUAAUCAGAGCGUUGACUCAGUUGAUACAUACAUAAUUUUUAGGAAUGGAGAAAAUCGGGAAAAGAUUCCAAGAAAAAGUGGCCAUAGUGACGGCUUCCACACAGGGGAUCGGCUUCGGCAUAGCUGAGCGGCUCGGCUUAGAAGGUGCCGCCGUCGUCAUCUCCUCUCGCCGCCAAACAAAUGUUGAUGAAGCAGUGAAAAAGCUUAAAAAUCAAGGAAUUGAAGUGAUGGGUUUGGUGUGCCACGUUUCAAAUGCACAGCAGAGGAAAGAUCUGAUCAAGAACACAAUCCAGAAAUAUGGAAAAUUAGAUGUAGUUGUGUGCAAUGCUGCUGCAAACCCUUCCGUCGAUGGCAUCGUGGAAACUAAAGAAGCAGUCCUUGACAAAUUGUGGGAGAUCAAUGUUAAAGCCUCGAUUCUUCUGCUACAGGAAGCAGCUCCUCACUUGAACAAAGGAUCUUCGAUUGUUUUCGUGUCUUCUAUAGUCGGAUUCCAUCCGCUCAAAGGCUUAGCGAUGUACGGGGUCACCAAAACAGCCCUACUUGGACUCACAAAGGCACUUGCAACUGAGAUGGCACCGGAUACUCGUGUUAACUGCAUUGCUCCUGGUUUCGUUCCAACCUACUUUGCGUCAAUUCUUACCACUGAUGAGCAGGUGAGAAGAAGCCUGGAGGAGAAGACGCUGCUGAAUAGAGUUGGAACUACACAAGAUAUGGCUGCUGCUGCGGCUUAUUUGGCUUCGGACGACGCCUCUUAUGUCACCGGAGAAACAUUGAUAGUGGCUGGGGGAAUGCCUUCCAGACUCUAAGCACGGACUAAAAGAUCGGUACAGAGAUCAUGAUGAUCAGCACACCGAAAUCAGCAUCUAGAAGUGAAAAUGACUUGCUCACAGUACCAGAAGAGAAGUUGAUGUCCUUUCAGCUUAAGUAACCUGAACCUCGGAUCAAAAGCUGAUGCUGACCAUGCUUCACUUCUACCAUGUCAUAUUAAAAGUUUGAAGACAAAGUGAAGACAACACUAUCUAGCGUAUCAGAGGAUAUCAAAUAUUAAGUGCGGAAGAUUUGGCAUUCAAUGAAGAUCUCUCAUUUAUAGUAGAAAGGACAAUAAGGUACGAGGAACAAUGCAAACAUCUACAUCACCCUGUACGGAUCUGCACAUCACCAGAAUGUAUCUCUCAUUUGAUUUCAACGGAAUUAUUUUCAAGCCAACCAUAGAUAUUUGAAGAUGUUUUCUCCAAUAGAACU